AUGGCCGUCAAGACAGUGGAAAUCACCCCGUUCCCCGACCAAAAGGCCGGAACGUCUGGUCUCCGCAAGAAAGUUACCACUUUCCAGCAGCCCAACUACACCGAGUCCUUCGUCACCAGCAUCCUGCUCUCCAUCCCCGAGGGAGCCAAGGACGCAUUCCUGGUCAUCGGUGGUGAUGGUAGAUACUAUAACACUGAAGCUAUCCAGCUUAUUGCUCGCAUUGGAGCUGCCUAUGGCGUCAAGAAGCUCUUGAUAGGGCAGAACGGCAUCCUGAGCACCCCUGCAGCUAGCCAUGUUAUUCGCAAAAGACAGGCGACGGGGGGCAUCCUGUUGACCGCAAGCCACAACCCUGGAGGGCCCAAGGCUGAUUUCGGGAUUAAAUACAAUCUCUCAAACGGAGCUCCUGCCCCGGAAUCCGUUACAAAUAAGAUCUACGAGGUAUCAAAGUCUUUAACCUCAUACAAGAUCGAAGAACUCUCGGAAAUUAAACUCUCGGAAAUUGGAACCCAACGCUAUGGGUCUUUGGAAGUUGAAAUUAUCGACUCUACUGCUGAUUACGUAGAGAUGCUCAAGGAUAUCUUCGACUUCGGCCUGAUCAAGUCAUUUUUGCAGAGCCGUCCAGAUUUCAAGGUCCUUUUUGACGGCCUUCAUGGUGUCACCGGGCCAUACGGAAUUGCCAUCUUCCAGAAAGAACUUGGCUUGCCCGCUUCCAGCACCCAGAACUGCAUUCCAAGUCCUGAUUUCAAUGGUGGCCACCCAGACCCCAACCUGACCUACGCCAAAUCGCUGGUGGAUGCGGUUGACAAGGAUGGAAUUCAGUUUGGCGCGGCCAGCGACGGCGACGGCGACCGAAACAUGAUCUACGGUGCCAACGCGUUUGUUUCUCCAGGCGACAGUCUCGCCAUCAUCGCACACCACGCAAAGCUCAUUCCAUACUUCCAGAAGCAAGGAGUUUACGGCCUGGCCCGCUCAAUGCCGACUUCCGGUGCUGUCGAUCUUGUCGCCAAGGCUCAGAACCUGCAAUGCUACGAAGUUCCUACAGGCUGGAAGUUCUUCUGCGCCCUUUUUGAUACCAAUAAGAUGUCAAUCUGUGGCGAAGAGAGUUUCGGCACUGGAAGUAACCAUAUCAGAGAGAAGGACGGACUUUGGGCAAUCGUUGCCUGGCUCAACGUUAUCGCCGGCUACGCCAAAUCUCACCCCGACAAGCCAUUGAGCAUUGCAGCCAUCCAGCAGGACUUCUGGGGAAUCUACGGACGUACCUUCUUCACCAGAUAUGAUUAUGAGGACGUGGAUAGUGAUGGAGCAAAGAAGGUCAUUGCUGACCUCACUGGCCUUAUCGAAAAGGACACCUUCAUUGGUUCUACAGUUUCCGGCCGAAAGGUUACAAAGGCAGGCAACUUCUCCUAUACUGAUCUUGAUGGCAGCGUGAGCAAGAAUCAGGGAUUGUUUGUCAAGUUCGACGAUGGCAGCCGUAUCGUUGUCAGACUUUCUGGAACUGGUAGCAGCGGUGCAACUAUUCGCCUAUACAUUGAGCGCCACGAGAGCGAUUCAAAGGAAAUUCUCAAGGAUGCUCAGGAUUACCUGAAGGACAACGUGGCACUCGCGGUCAAGCUGCUGAAACUGAAGGAGUACAUUGGUAGAGAGCAGCCCGAUGUCAAGACCUAA